GGUGCGCCCGCUGCCGGUCAACAAGAGAAACGCAGGCUUCAACAACAUGGCGACACCUUCUACACCACGUGAUGCCAAACGUCAGCAGUCCGCGCCGGAAGCAGCGAGGACACUAGGAGCACAGGCAGUGAUGGUGGAGUACAAGAUCCGCAGUUACGAGGACUCUGACUAUGAGGUGGUCCGGGAUCUGUUCUCCCACGGGAUGAGUGAAUACAUUCCCAGCGUCUGUAUCCAUGUGGUGAAGCGGCCAUGGGUCCUGUUUGUCAUUACCUGCAUGUUCCUAUCUUUGCUCUUCAGCUCUAAGUCAGUGAUCCUCCCGGUCUUGGCCGUCACCCUCUCGUUGGCCUUGGGCCGCCAUCUCCUUGGCUACUGUUGGAGCUUAUACAUCAACCAUUGUUUGAAGGAAGACCUGCAGGACAUUCAGAAGACCUACAUGGAGGACAAGGGCUCACAUUUCUGGGUGGCUGAGGUUGAGGACAGUGUGGUCGGGACAGUUGCAGCGAAGCCUUCAGAUGAGAACCCAGACGAGCUGCAGCUGAAACGAAUGUCUGUGAGGAAUGACUUUCGUGGUCUCGGUAUUGCCAAGGCCUUGUCCCGGGAGGUGAUCAGUUUUGCGCGGCAGCGAGGUUACCAGUCAGUUGUCUUAAACACAUUGAUGGUUCAGCGUGAGGCACAGAGGAUGUACGAGAGCGUGGGCUUCAAGAAGUACACAGAGUUUGUGCUGCCCACCGUGUACGGGCAACUGGUUGACUUCACCAUCUCCAAGUACCGUUACGAUGUAUUACCGGCAAAAUGAUGUGUCAUCAGGAUGCUGCUGCAGAACCAGAACUCAGGGGACCGGUGGAGAAUGCCGCCAUUAAUUGUCAACCUAGCGUGACCGCAGUGCGCUGUGUACCGGUUAUUAUAUGGAUUCAUGUUUUUUUUUAAUUAUCUAUAGCGGUGAUUAAAUGCACAGAACUCAUUGUGGACCCUGAAUACAGACUCUGAUUCAGAAGUAAAUACUCCGUUGGGAGAACGGCUAAA